AAUGUCUAAAAACCAAUUGUAGUAUUUGGUCUUAGAAAGGCACAUUUUUAAAGUCUGUUUGAUAAGGAAAAUGGCUUUAAAAUCAGCUCCGUUUUGGUGGUAUUAAUAUUACAUUUUUAACUUUUGCUCACUUGAUGCUCAAGUAAGAAUAUCGCAAAGUAUGUAUCCAUGCAUCAAGAUCUGUUGAGCACAUUGUAAAGUCUCAGUGAAUUCCCUCACAAUCCAGUGCUGUUUUGACUGAUUCUUUAACUGUUAAGAGCAGACAAAGGAGUAGGAGGAGUUGGGACUGGAGGCAGUGGGAGGAGUUACUACAGCUGCUGCCCACUCAAAGUACAAAAACUGUCUGCCAUACAGGCACAAAGGACAAGUAGGAACUCUGUCUUAGCAUGAUGCGUGCUGAGCAAUCCCUGAGGCUGUCAGACGUUAAGAGAAGUAGAUACUGAGUCACUCCUCCAUUUAGUAAGAGAAAGAAAGAGGCGGGGGGCAGGAAACAGACUCUGAUGACAAACAGUUAAACACACUAACGUUGUGAAACACAGAGAGAGAGAAGGAGCUUGAAUUUUGACAAGGAGGGGGGACUAUGCCAUGAGGACAUUUUCUAACAGACCUGAAUGCGGAUAUGCCAUCUUUCCUUCUGUGGACCCAGCGGCUCGUGGUGGUUGGGGACGUCCCGGGUGAAAACUGGACACAUUUGUGUGACUGAUUUAUCUGAGUAAGUAAAGCUCAGUUUGCAACUCGUGGGGUGCAGCCUGGUGGAGAGAGAGGGCAGGGGGAGGGGAGGACGCUCCAGCCUGAUUCUCUGUCCUCUGGGAGGGGUCUUUUCAACAUGAGGUAACCCCCAAAAUAAAUACAUCAAGACACUGGAGGGAAUCAUGUUGACCAUGUGCAGAAGUCCUCUCUAACAUGGUCAGUUGUGUUGGAAAGAAAUCAAUGUGCUAAUGGCCUGAGUGUGUUCAAUGCACCCCGUUUUAAGACUGUUCUGUGCUCGUCUCUCCAUUCAUGGUGGAUUUGUUGUGCAGGGCAGCCCUUUCACGAUAUAGCUAUUACAUAACAGACACCCCUCAUCCCUCCAGCCUUUGUCUCUCAGAAUGUACAACACUACCCUCUCGACAAACAGUUUAACCCCACCAUGGGCUGUCAAUAGCACAGCCAACAGCUCUACCUGCAGCAAGAACGAUGGGUUCAAAUACCCUUUGUACAGCACUGUCUUCAGCAUUGUGUUUGUGGUGGGACUGAUCACCAACGUUGUGGCCAUUUACAUAUUCACCUGCUCUCUGAAGCUGAGGAACGAGACCACGACUUACAUGAUGAACCUGGUAGUGUCUGACCUGCUGUUUGUCUUCACACUGCCUCUGAGGGUCUUCUACUUCAUCAACCAGCACUGGCCGUUUGGAAGCACGCUGUGCAAGGUCUCCGUCUCAUUGUUCUACACCAACAUGUAUGGCAGCAUUCUCUUUCUCACCUGCAUUAGCGUGGAUCGCUUUCUGGCCAUCGUGCACCCCUUUCGCUCAAGGACGCUUAGGACUAAGCGCAAUGCUAGGAUAGUAUGUACUGCUGUGUGGGUGCUGGUGCUGUCAGGGAGUCUCCCCACGGGGUUCAUGUUGGAGACCACCUCACGGGAGAACAACAAGACAAAUGCUACUUUCUGCUUCGAGAACUUCUCCUCCAAGCAGUGGAAAGCUCACCUGUCCAAGGUGGUGAUAUUCAUAGAAACAGUGGGCUUCAUCAUCCCACUGCUACUCAACGUAUGCUGCUCCAUAAUGGUGUUGCAGACCCUGCGUCGCCCCCAAACCAUCAGUCGUGGGGGGAAGCUGAACAAAACAAAGAUCUUGCGCAUGAUAAUUGUACACCUCUUUAUUUUUUGUUUUUGCUUCAUCCCCUACAAUGUAAACCUGGUUUUCUAUGCUCUGGUCCGUACCAAAACUUUAAGAGGCUGCUCUGUGGAGUCGGUGGUCCGAACCAUCUACCCAGUAGCCCUCUGCAUUGCUGUAUCCAACUGCUGCUUUGACCCCAUUGUUUACUACUUCACCUCGGAGACCAUCCAGAACUCCAUCAAGAGGAAGUCUCAGGUGGGCCGUGCGUAUGAUGCCAAAUUCUCCGAGGCCCUGCAGUCAGAAACCAGCUCCAACCUGCAGUACAGCCUGAGGAAUCUAAAAGCUAAAGUCUUCCACAAUGAGUCUUCAGUGUGACUGUGGGGUUGUGACACAUAGGUAUUAAAGUCCACCUUUCCAUAUAAAAAAACAAAGCUCCAUGAGACCACGGGAAUGGAUUUUUUGGAGGGCUUUAUGAAGCACCUGCCAAAGAAGUAUUAUCUGACCUAAGUUUUCAUCUCAGGGCAAGUGUUUGGACCUGUGAUCGACAGACUCUGCAGUAUUACUGCUACAUGACCCUCUGUUCAAAUCUGUGGAUUUAUUACUUUAUUUAUUUCUACUUAUUAAUUUCCCUCUCCUGUGGAAAUUGUGUGAAGCACAAUUACUCCGCCAGUGACCUGGAAGGGAAUGUGAUCACUGAAAAGCAGGACAGUUAUGAUAUUGAAUGCUACAUGUGCCUGUAUAUCUGUACAUUUCCAUGGUAAGCUGUGGUGCUAACUUUAGAAUAGUAUCUAUUAAAUUAACAUAAAGUUAUAACAAGCUAUAAAUUGUACAGGGCUUUGUUUUUUUGUUUUUUUUAAUGUGAAUUACAAAUAGGUCACAGAAGUGCCUUUUUUGUUCUGGCAGCGUUUCAUUGGAGACCGUAUGUGUUAAUUGCCAUUAAAUGCACUGACAUGGAAUUGCAGAUACUGCACUCAUGCCACAGUAAUGAAUAAAAGUCAUGUACUGUCUAAAAGAAAUGAAACCGUUCUUUCUUUUAAAUGAAGAAAAAUUCUCUUUUGAGACUGGAAUGUAAUUCAUGUUGAACUU